AUGAUUGGCUGUUGGGUCCAGACUUUCGACCAAUCAGAUCUCGGCUUGAUGCCGGACCGGCAAGCGUCCCGAACUUUUGACCAAUCUUGCGUGGGAUGGUCUUCUCGACCCACAACCACUAACCCACCGCUACGCACCACUACGCUCCCCAACAACGCACUGAUGAUUUCACCCCGAUUGGUGAUGAAACGUUUGCAAUCAAAUUGCCCAGCUCAGCGAACAAGCCAACGACCAUCUACGCUAUCUGAGCUACUGACAUUUUCCUCUAUAGAACGAAGAAAACUGUUUUGGAACGAUUUGUAA